AUGGCUUUGCUCCGCUCCGCCUCCCUGCGUGCCUCCCUCGGUGCCUUCCGUGCAGCCAGCGUGCUCCCGCGAGCCCUCCCGAACCUUGCGGCGCCGGUGUCGGCUUCCAAACUCCCCGAGCCUCUGAGCGCCGCUUCGAUCGGUCUCGGCGCCCCGCUGGCGAAGCGCCAUGCCGGGGUCUCCGUGCUGGGCUGCGCCAUUGCCAUGGUUGCCGUUGGUGGCUGUGCUCAAGGCAUUGGGCAGCUCUUCGCAGCUUUGGUGGUGGGCAUGGCACGCAACCCAUCAAUGAAGGAGGAUCUCUUCACUUACACGCUGAUUGGCAUGGGCUUUCUGGAGUUCUUGGCCAUUGUCGUCAUCCUGAUCGCCGGUCUGCUCCUCUACUCGGAGUGA